CGGCGGACACCGGCGGAGAGCGGCGGACAGCAGCAACCAGCGGCCGGCCGAGGACACGCUCCUGCGGCGGGAUUCCCCCUGUAACCCCGGCGGGCUCUCGGUGCUCGGGCCUCGAUCAGCCUUUUCUCUCUGAUGGCGGCGCUGCGGCAGGACGCGGCCGGGGCGGCGGAGCACCUGUGACGGUCUAACGGAGCGUUUUUCUGCGGUGAAACCGAGAGAGAGAGCGCGGCGGGGCAGAGAGCGGAUCGGCUUCUGGUGGUCAGGUUCUCUCUUCAGGAUGUGGCAGUGAGCAUGCUCAGAGCGCUGAUCGUUACCAUGGCGAUGUACGCGGCCAGCGGCCAGGCGUGCAGCGGCGACAACUGCUCGACCAACAGCGAGUCCAAAGACUACUGCUACUCCGCCCGCAUCCGCAGCACGGUGCUGCAGGGACUGCCCUUCGGAGGCGUGCCCACUGUGCUCGCGCUCGACUUCAUGUGCUUCCUGGUGCUGCUCUUCGUCUUCUCCAUCUUGCGGAAGGUGGCGUGGGACUAUGGCCGCCUGGCGCUGGUCACCGACGCCGACAGUGUUGCCUCUGCGAUGCACUCAGAGACUCCAGACCGAUAUGAACGCCUCACCUCCGUCUCCUCCUCCGUAGACUUCGACCAGAGGGACAACGGUUUCUGUUCGUGGCUCACUGCGAUCUUCAGAAUAAAGGAUGAGGAGAUCAGGGAGAAGUGUGGUGAGGAUGCAGUCCACUACCUGUCGUUCCAGCGUCACAUCAUUGGGCUGCUGGUCGUGGUUGGCGUUCUCUCUGUCGGCAUCGUUCUGCCCGUCAACUUCUCCGGAGACCUGCUGGAAAACAACGCUUACAGUUUCGGACGCACCACGAUAGCCAACCUAAAGUCUGGGACGAACCUGCUGUGGCUGCACACGUCGUUUGCCUUCAUGUACCUGCUGCUGACGGUCUACAGCAUGAGGAGACACACAUCCAAGAUGCACUACAAGGAGGACGACCUGGUGAAGCGCACUUUAUUCAUUAAUGGCAUCUCUAAAUACGCAGAGGAGAGUCAGAUCAAACAGCACUUUGAACAGGCGUACGAGAACUGCACGGUGCUGGAGGCUCGGAUCUGCUACAACGUGGCCAAGCUGAUGUCUCUGAACGCAGAGAGAAAGAAGACGGAGCGCAGCAAGAAGUUCUUCACCGACCUGAUGGCCAAGGAACACGUUCCCACCAUGAUCAACCCCAAACCCUGCGGACACCUCUGCUGCUGCGCCAUCACCGGCUGCGAGGAGGAGGAGGCGGUCAGCUACUACACCAAGCGGGAGGCAAAGCUGAAGGAGGAGUACCGGAAGGAGAAGGAGAAGGUGCACACCAAGCCGCUGGGCAUGGCCUUUGUCACCUUCCAGAACGAGGCCAUGACCGCCAUUAUUUUGAAGGACUUUAACGCAUGCCAGGUGCAAGGCUGCCGGUGCCGUCAGGAGCCCGGGUCCUCUCAGUUCAGCGACGCUCUUCACGUUCACAACUGGAGCGUCUCGUAUGCACCGGACCCGCAGAACGUCCGCUGGGAGCACCUGUCGCUGGGCGGGAUCUCCUGGUGGAUCCGCUGCUUCAUCAUCAACGUUAUCCUCUUCCUCCUGCUGUUCUUCCUCACCACGCCCGCCAUCAUCAUCUCCACUAUGGACAAGUUCAACGUCACCAAGCCCGUCGAGUAUCUCAACAAUCCGAUCGUGACUCAGUUCUUCCCCACCCUGCUGCUGUGGGCCUUCUCCGCUCUGCUGCCCACCAUCGUCUACUACUCAGCCUUCUUCGAGGCUCACUGGACCAGGUCUGGAGAAAACAGGACGACAAUGCACAAGUGUUACACCUUCCUGAUCUUCAUGGUUCUGCUGCUGCCGUCUCUCGGACUCAGCAGUCUGGACGUUUUCUUUCGCUGGCUCUUUGAUAAGAAGUUCCUGGCUGAUGCCACUGUCAGAUUUGAGUGCGUCUUUCUGCCUGACAAUGGAGCGUUCUUCGUCAACUACGUAAUCGCCUCGGCGUUCAUCGGGAACGCCAUGGACCUGCUGAGGAUCCCUGGGCUGCUCAUGUACAUGAUCCGCCUCUGCCUCGCCCGCUCCGCCGCAGACCGCCGCAACGUCAAGAGGCACCAGGCCUACGAGUUCCAGUUCGGCGCAGCAUACGCCUGGAUGAUGAACGUCUUCACCGUGGUGAUGGCCUACAGCAUCACCUGUCCGAUCAUCGUCCCUUUUGGUCUGAUGUACAUGCUGCUGAAACACCUGGUGGACAGGUACAACAUGUACUACGCCUACCUGCCCUCCAAACUCGACAAGAAGAUUCACUCGGGCGCUGUGACGCAGGUGGUGGCGGCGCCAAUCCUCUGCCUCUUCUGGCUGCUCUUCUUCUCCACCGUACGCACAGGUUUCGAGACGCCAACCUCCAUGUUCACUCUGGUGGUUCUGAUCGUCACCAUCGUGGUCUGUCUGUCUCACGUCUGCUUCGGACACUUCAAGUACCUCAGUGCCCACAACUACAAGAUUGACACCAAGGAGAGUGACGUGGACGCCGUGGAGAACGGGCGUCCAGCUCGCCCCUCGUCCUCGCCGACCACCAAGUCUCAGCAGCAGACCCAGCAGCAGCAGCAGCAGAUGUACAUCGCUCAGGUGCUCCAGGACCCGAACUCUGAUGAGCCGGGCGGCGGCAGCGGCGAGGAGGACCGCGGUUCGUCUCAGGACGAGGAGAUGCUGAAUGGAGGGAGCAGCAUCAACGAGGCGGAUUUUCAGUCAGGGGAGGACAGUCUGAUCGCCAACGAGGUCCACCAGUAGCUGGGGGUGGAGCUAGAGGGAGGGGGCGGAGCUAGUCCAAGGUCCACACAACCGUUAGAAAAUAAAGCUGACUGGACAAUCACCACACACACACACACACACACACACACACACACACACAUACACACACACACACACACACUCCAUGACUGACGGUUAGCUCCUCCCCCUCCCUGCUCGAAGACUUGACCCUGACCUUUGACCCAGCGCCGGGUCGCCAGCAUCCAGCAUCGAACUGUGUCCACAGGAAGUCACUGUACAUAACCACAACGCCAAACGUUUCUUUGUUUUUUUCUUGGGGUUGGGGGCGGGGUUUAAAAUUUGUGCCUGGGCUGGAUUUCGUUCUAUUCGCACUCGUGUCUUGACUCUGAUCCACCGCAGGUCGCCGGGACUCGACCUGCUGACGCCUCAGACGGACCCCGCCGUCGCCGCCGUCCUCCCCCGGAGCUCAACACGCGGCCAGCUGUCGUAGUGGUAGACGCCUCGCUUAUGCAGACACUCGCCGUCCCUCACCAUCCCCUUGCUGUCCUCCAUCACCGGGAAGCUUCCUGCAUGUCUGGAUCUACAGCUGGACUGCUCCUGUCCUGGUUCUGGUUUCACCUGGACGACCUGAAACCACGAACACUGACGGAAGGACGUUUGUGUCUGUAGCUUCAGUUAUCAGCAGCCGAGACUCUGAGACGUCCCAACAUGCCUGGAGCUGUCAGGAGUCUCAAUGGAAAUGUUUCUCUGCGAGUGUGUGCAUGUGUGUGUGUGUGUGCGCGUGCGUGUGCGUGUGCGUGUGAGAGAGAGAGAGUCUCAAAGAUAUUUAGUCCAGCUGGAACCUUCUUCAAGUUUCACAUCAGGUCCUGGGUGUGAAUAGUUAAUACGGUAAUGUCUGAUGUCAUGGUGACAUCACGGGGAUGUCAUCGUGAUGUCAGGGUGAUGUCAUUGCUCUAGUGACCUUGUGUUAUUCGCCGCCACGUUCAACACAACAAAUCUAAAAUUCAUCAUUAAAAGUUAAACUGAUGCAGAUCAGCGACUCGACGAACACCUUAGAAAACCAUUAAACCACCACAGAAGAAGAAGAAGCUAAACUGUGACUCUCCACCAGUUAGUGGUUAGCAGUUAGCCGCUGUAGCAGCUCAGAGUUCAUUCAGCUGACCUGCAUCCUGCAAUAAUCAGUUUCUGAUUCAGCUGUGACUCACCAGUACUCUUUAACCCUUUAAACCCUUCUCCACCAGAGCAGGUUCAGGGUUCCUAGUCCGUGAACCAGCUCUGAACCUGUUUGCUUUUUCACAGAGAAACACGUCAUCACGUCUAUUUAUGUAUCCAUCUCUCAGCCAGUAUAAUAAUAUAAUAAUAACACAGACUACAUGCCUCUACAACACAUCUGCUGCUCAUCUUCAUCACUGUGGACGCCCAAUACAUUCUGAUUAACACUGAACGGAACGUAUUGUUAAUGCAGGACUCUAGCGCUAGCCUGCUAACGUGAGUCCGCUACCGCCAGCCCGCUAAUGUUAGCCCGCUAGCACUAGCCCGCUGUAACGCUAGCUCGCCUGUAUCAAUCACAUUGCAGUUAAACAAAUGAAAUGAAUGAAUGAUACAUGUUUUAGUUGGUCGUGUUGGUCAUACGACUCUCAUCUUCAUUUUAUAAACUUUGUCCUCUUUAUUCUGCUUUCACUUAGUUUCCAUGAAAAUCAAGUUUAGAAGUUUGAGGCUAACGCUAACAUGAUAACAGGCUAAUCCUAAUGUCACGAUAACAGAGAACGGAAAAAAACUGAAUAUUUAGUAAAUUAAUCAAUAGGCUAUUUAAUCAAUAAAUCUUUGUUGUUUUGUUUAUUCAUUUAUUUAUUUAUUUACGUUUCUAUUAAGUUUUGCUUUUUUUUUCUAAUUAUUUAUGGUUUAUUUAUUUUAUUUUUUUUUGCAUAUUUUCCCUCAUUUAUUUCUGUAUACUGAGUACAUUUAUUUAUACAUUCAGAAAUAAAAAAAUAAAUUAAUUUAAAAAUGAAAACAUAAUUUUAAAAAAGAAAAAGAAAUUAAAUGAGAGUAAAGUCAAUGAAUAUGGGAAUUUAUAUAUAAAAAAGGGCAAAUAUUAAAACAGAAAUAAGAAUUAUGUCCCAUUUUAUCCAUUCAUGAAUUAAAUAGUUAAUUUAUGUCACAUUAGUUUGUUGCCAUGGCGACGAACAUGAAACUGAGGAAGGUUCCAGACAGAAACGUUUCUGUUCCAUCGAGUGUGUGUGUGUGUGUGUGUGUGUGUGGGGUCACAGAGCUGGACUAUGAAGGCUGCGGCGCCGGCGGGUUGUGGGCGUCGCCCAGCUGCCGCACGCCGGAGAACCUGCAGCGUUUGUGUCCACGAGACGUUUUUAUUGUUUGGAGUUUGUUUCGUCUUCACCUCCGGCCGGCCGGGCACCAUUGGCCGCUGGCCGGGCGCCGCGGCGUCUGAUUGUACGCACACGAACGUGAAUCUGACGGAGCUCAAAGAAUCUGAGAUGUUCAGCAGCUCUCUUCUUCUUCUUCUUCUUCUUCUUCAGCUGUUAAACUUUGUUUCUGACAAAUAAAAGUUCAGAUGAAAAUCAUUUGGCAUCGACACGAUGAGGCGGAGCGCCGCCGUGACCUUGUGAUCUCAUGUCGAUCGUCUUUAAACUGGAAGUUUUUCUCGUCACUUCGUUUCUUUGUGACGCUGCAAAUAAAAAAUGUUUCAUUUCAGCUCAAAUAACUGUGAUUAAAAAAAAACAACUUUUGUUUGCAGAUAAAAAGUUCAGAAACAUUAGAUUCACAUGAAAAUAUUUGAAUCCAAAAUUAAUAACAAAACUGAUUUUUUUUCCCUUUAUUUUUGUUUAUUUCCCGGAACGUUUUUAUUUAUUCUGAAUACUUUUUAUCUUCUUUAUGCAUGCAGAAAAAAACACAUUCAUUCAUUCAUUUAGCAAUAAAAAAACAGUUUAAAAAAUGAAGACAUGAAAUUACAAUAAAGUCCAUAAAUAUGGGAAUUAAUGAGUUAAAUACUUAUUGAACAUUUUUUCUCUUUGAUGCUUAAAAAGACAAAAAUAACCACAAAGUUUUUUAAUCACCGGUUAGUUUGGCUGCAGUGAAACAUGAUGAUAAUAAUAAUAAUAACAAUAAUAAUGUGAGGCUGAGAGCUGCUGAUGGAUAAAGACACUCUGUGAUAUUUUUGUACCUGCUGACUGAAUAUUUGAUACGAGCGUAUUAAACGUUUGGCUGUUGUAACGUAACUGAAGGUUUUAAUAAUCAGAUUUGCUGCUUUUUGCUUUUCUUAGUUUUUUAUCUUGUUGAGGUGAAGAAGCUCUGAACGUGUACAAUAACUGUAAAUAACACCAUGUUUAUUUAUUUAUUGCUGUGACAUUGAUAUUUAUUUUGAUUUGGUUUCGUAUGUACAGUGAAACAUUCGUCCUAUUUAUGUUAUUGAUCAAUAAAAUUGGCUUCCAUCCGUC